AGCAUGCAAAAGAGGUGUGGCUGAGAUAAGACAAGCACGCCCACUUCUUUAUUGCGCAUGCCUGAACUAAAUUCUCCACGUGCUCUCUUUCUUUGGUCUCAAAAUGCCUCCCAAACAGCAGCAGAAAGGAGGGCAGCAGAAAGGUGGCAAGCAAACAGCUAAAAAGCCAGCAGCAGCUAAGCCUGGCUCUGGUGGCAAAGCUAAAAAGAAGAAGUGGUCGAAAGGUAAAGUUCGUGAUAAAUUGAAUAACUUGGCUCUCUACGAUAAGCCGACGUAUGACAAGCUAAAGAAAGAGGUCCCUAACUACAAGUUGAUAACACCUUCCGUUGUAUCGGAGAGGCUAAAGGUCCGAGUGUCCCUGGCUCGUAGAGGAUUGGCUGAGCUCCUGGCCCAAGGAUUGAUAAAGGAAGUGUGCAAGCAUCAUAAUCAAGUUAUAUACACGAGAGCACCUAAAGGGGACGAAUGAUUUAUUGAUUAUUAAAUGUCUUCAUCUUUCUUUGUUUGAAAAUAAAACUGAUUUUAGUGAAAGUA